GACGUUAUGACUUCUGAAAAACGUACAGAAAACUACUUCCGGCGGUGUCUAUGUAAAUAUUACCAUUCUUUAGGUAAACCUCAGAAACGUUUGCAAACGGUUAUGCAAUCAUCUGACAUAAAACUGCUCAUGUGAAGCAAAAGAACCAAUAUCAUAAACAAGUGAAAAAUGGCUCGUAGCAGUUCUGACAGUGAUAGUUCACCUCCCCCAAAAUCAAGGAGGCAUGGCUCAUCACCAAGACAUUCAAAGUCAAAGGGUCAAAGAUCACCUCCACGAAAAAGGUCAAGGUCAUACUCCAGCUCAACAGAAAGAGACAGAAAGUCAAAAUCUCACAAAUCUAGCAAAAACAGAGGACGAUACAGUCCAUCAGAUAGUGACUCGCAGUCACCAUCACCUUAUGAACGAAAAAAGCAUUCAAAAAGAACAAGAUCUGUUUCCAGAUCGAAAAGUAGGUCGCCACCUCGAAAGAAAUGGUCUCCAGUGAAUAGAAACAGAUCACGUUCUCCAAAUGUGAAAAGAACAAGAUCCCCUGAGCAUAGAGGUGUUAGAUCAAGAUCCCCAGUGCAAAGAGUUCAAAGGUCUCCUGUGCACAGAGGUCAAAGACCAAGUUCCCCAGUGCAAAGAGGUCAAAGGUCUCCAGUGCAAAGAGGUCAAAGGUCUCCCGUGCAUAGAGGUCAAAGGUCAGGUUCUCCAAGGGGUCCUUGGAACAAGCAUGACAAUGAAAAUGGCUACGGUGGGAGACAUGGUGACAAUGAGCCACACUAUGAUUUCUUUGAAAGACGUCGAGUUGACCGGGAGCGAAUUGGAGCUCUUGGAGCCCCUGAAGUCUGGGGAAGGUCUCCAUCUCCUAUGAAAUCAGAGUCAGAGGAAUCAGAAGAUAGUGAAGGAAUUAGCGGAUCAGACACAACUUCUAGCUCUGAAGGUGAAAGACGAAAGAAGAAGAAAAAGAAGAAGAAGUCGUCCAAGAAAAAAAAGAAGCAUAAGAAACACAGCAAAAAGAGUAAAAAGUCUCGUCACAAGAGUAAAAAGAGGAAAAAGAAGCGUGUGUCUAGUGAUUCUGAUGACUCGGAUGAUAGUGAGGGCCAUGAGGGUCAGUGGGUAGAAGCUUCCAGUCACUCUAAGGCUAGCAAGCAUGAGGAAGACAGCGAUGAUGAAGAAGUCGGUCCCCAGCCCAUGGCUUCCACCACCGCUGGCCUUUCACAGAAGGAUUUCGGCCAUGCCUUGUUGCCGGGUGAAGGUGCUGCUAUGGCAGCCUAUAUCGCGGAGGGCAAGCGUAUUCCUAGAAGAGGUGAAAUCGGGCUCACCCCUGAUGAAAUAGUGUCUUACGAGGAUGUCGGCUUUGUUAUGAGUGGUAGCAGACAUAGACGAAUGGAGGCGGUACGUCUACGUAAAGAAAACCAGAUAUACAGUGCCGAUGAAAAACGAGCGCUCGCUAACUUCAAUCAUGAGGAACGGUCGAAACGAGAGACAAAAAUCCUGUCACAGUUGCGGGAAAUGGUACGGAAGAAAAUAGAUGCUCGAAAAUGAUUGGUUACUUAAUAGAUAUAUAUGGUGAGAAGAUAUUUGAUGAUAUGAUAACUUAUAACAGUUUUGGCGGAAGUGAUGCAGCAACAAUUUGCUGUUACUCAAUGGCCAGGAUGAAUAGUACUGGCUCUGUGAAAAGGAACAUUAGAAUACUGUCAUACUGUUGUAUAGUUCAUUACAUGUACAUGUUGUUGUAAACUUAAUAUCCUACAGAUGACUUUGCUAUUAUGAGAUACAUGUACAGUAUUUAGAGCAUCUUUGAACAUUUGAAAAAAAGGUGUUUCAUUACUGGUUUAUUGUUAUAAAAAACCCAUUUGCAAUACAAGUUUGAUGUCAUAUGUAUAUACAGUUUAAUAAGCAAAUUAUGUUGAAUUUUUAUAUUUGAGUCAUAUUUGUUGGCUGCUGACUAAUUCAUUGUUUUAAUUCAUGAUAUAAAUUGAACAUACAUUUGUGCUAUGAUUUAAGGUACAUGGACCAUAAAAGUCCAAAUACAGUAUCUGUACAAUAUUUGAAUGAAUAAAUAAGAUCCCGUGUCA